AUGACCAGGCCCGCGGCCUCAUCCCGUAUGCGCGGCCCGCCCGCCGCCCAUUGGCCGCCGGCUGCGCGCACAGACCCCCACCCUGGAUGGACCGACCUCUUCCCACCUGUUACAGACAGACAGACUCCCAGGACAGAUGGACACCCCUCUGGGAAGAGCAGCUUGGGGCAGCCUUUGCUCCUUCUCCCCCUCUUUCCCACAGACAGAACGACAGAGAUUGGGCAGCUGAUCAGCUCCUACCUGGUGAGGGAGAAGGACCUGGAGGACCACACCAUCCACCUGCUCUUCUCUGCCAACCGCUGGGAACAUGUACCGGUGAUGAAAGAGAAGCUACACCAAGGGAUCACGAUCGUGGUUGACAGAUACGCCUUCUCUGGAGUGGCCUUCACAAAUGCCAAAGGGAAUUUCUGCCUGGACUGGUGCAAACAGCCCGACGUGGGACUCCCAAAGCCAGACCUGAUCCUGUUUCUUCAGUUGAGCCCGGAAGAAGCAGUAGAACGAGGGAACUAUGGACAUGAACGUUAUGAGUCCAGCUCCUUCCAAGAGAAAGUUCUGCAGUCCUUCUAUUGUCUGAUGGAAGACAAGACCCUUAACUGGAAGACAGUGGAUGCUUCACAGAGCAUAGAAGACUUGCACAGAGAAAUCAAGUCCAUUGCAGAGAAAACCAUGGAGGAGGUUCAGAAUAAACCUCUGGGAGAACUCUGGAAAUAAAACUUGAUACAGGUCAAGUAUUCCUUGAUAAAGGAAUAGGGGAAAGCUCACCUCAUGGAUGACUCCCUUAGAUAUCACUCUCCAGUAGCUACAGCUCAGAUCCUGAGUAUUCUUCUGGGUCCAACGAUGCUGACGUCCUUGUUAUUUCAUCUGCUCCUCCCCCUCCAUAGUCCCUUCCACAUUUUUUAAAUGAAUAUGCCAUAAGCAUGAAUCAAAUUCUUGGUAAAAACCUCCCUAUCCCAAACAGGAGCUCUUGUUGCAGCUCCAGUCCUGGGGUGCAGAUGUGGGUGUGAAGCCCAGGGCCACCCCUGAGCAUGGACAGUUUCCAGUCCCAGGGAACUGCCGUGUUUCUGAUUAUUCUGCCUCUCUAGUAAAUGCACCCCCCAUGCUCAAACCAGUUUGUGGAGGACUUGCUAAUAAAUUAUUAUUUUUAAGCA